UCAAUAAUCAACGUGCUGUCUCUCUCUCUCUCUCUCUCUCACGAGUCAACUCAUGUUCUCUCUCUAAAAUCAAAGAUGGCCCCUGCGCCUGCAACCCUCUGCCAAAAAAUAGCCCCCAAAACCCGUCACUUUUCUCAUUCCUAUUCUUUCAUAUCCGAUCUCAAAACAAGUCCCAACAAUACAAAUUCAUCAGAACUCAUCUUUCCUAUUUACCCAACACUUUCUCUCUCUUCCUCUUCUCUGCAGCAACUCCACAAAUUCAUCAAACUCCACCUAAAACCCCAAUUCAAAUCAGAAGAUCUUCUCCAUUUUCUGAAAAAAAAGCUCCAUUACCACAUCAAAUUCACCUAUUUGGACCUCCAUGUAUUUAAUUGGGCCUCAACCUAUGAAUGGUUCAAUCAUGACCAUGCAACUUAUGAAUGGAUGGCGAAAACCCUAGCCAUCAACUCUCGAUUCUCAGAACUUCAAACUGUUCUGAAUUCCAUGGUCUCUAACCCUUGUCCAUGCUCACAAGGUAUUUUUUCAUGCCCAAAAAUCGAACCUAUAUUCAGUUUUUGCAUCAGUUCUUACUGUAAAUUCGGUCGAAUCGAUGACGCUUUAGUGGCUUUUGAUAAGAUGAAGAGAGUAAUUGAUGGAAGACCAUCAAUUCUUUCCUAUAAUGUUAUGCUUAACGGUUUGGUGAAAUCGAAUAGGCACAAAGACGCCAUUGAAUUCUACUCCAAGAUGAAGAGAGAGAAAGCAAAACCAGAUGUUUAUACUUUUAACAUAUUGAUUAGUAGUUAUUGUAGGAAUCUGCGAACUGGGUCUGCUGUGGAGUUGUUUAGAGAGAUGAGAGAGAGUGGGUGCAGCCCAAAUGUGGUUAGUUUCAAUACUUUAAUUAGUGGGUUUUGUAGAGAGGGGAAAAUCAGAGAGGGAAUUGGGGUUGCCUAUGAAAUGCUCGAUUUGGGUUUCGAGCUUUCGAUUGCUACAUUUCAUGUCCUCUUCAAUGGGUUAUGCAGAGGUGGUCUAGUAAAUGAUGGAUGUAAUUUGCUCAUUGAUUUAUUGAGAAAACGAGCAAUUCCAAAGAGUCUAGAUUGCUUAGAACUUGUUGAGGCUCUAUGUAAAGAAGCCAAAGUUUGGAAAGCUUUAGAAAUUAUGGAUAGAUUAUGGAUUAAAGGCCAUUUCCCUACUGUUGUUUCUUGUACUACUGUUCUUGAAGGAUUGAGAAAAAGAGGAGAUUUGGAUAAUGGGUAUCUAUUGAUGGAGAGAAUGUUUAAAGAUGGGAUUCUUCCUGAUAUUAUAACUUAUAAUUGCAUUUUGCAAGCUUUAUGUGAAAUUGGUAGGACCUUGGAUGCUAAUAAAAUUAGAGUUUUAGCAUCGAAAAAAGGUCUAAAACCAGAUGCUGAUACAUUUUACAUACUGGUUUAUGGGUUUUCUAGAGAAGGCAAUGCCAAAGAAGGAGAAAGUAUUAUUGAUGAGAUGUUGGAUAUGGAUUUUAUACCUGAUAUUGCUACAUAUAAUAGAUUGAAAGAAGAUCUCUGGAAAGGGGAAAGGGAAUAAACUGCAAAAUCAUCAAAAAAUUUCUUUUGUUUCACCGUGAAGUUGUAUAUGUUUCAAGAUGGAAUGGAGAUUGAUGUGAAUCCAUAUAACGCUCAUUUCAAGAUGAGGAGCUAUGAUAUCAAAUUUUGUAGGACAUUGUUUCUCCUGUUUUUAAUAUAUGCAUAAUUGUAAUGUUACAAGAGGAAGAUAGAGAUUCAUGUGUAACUCUUGCAAUGCAAUUUUUGGCCCUGCAAUAAUAUAAAUUUCAAGUUUAGCAUGUA